AUGGCGCGCUUCACCAACAUCGGCAUGCCCCGCAAGACAUUCGUCGCCUCUGCAGCAGAGGAGGCGCGCACUGAAAAGGAGGCUCCCGCUUCCCCGCCUCCUGAGGCCGGUCCCUCGACCGAGACGAGCGCGGGCGGCAAACGCAAGGGCUGGGGCCGUGAUCCCGAGAUUGCCAAGCGCGCAAAGGACAACACAGACCGCGGCGAGCAGCGCCGCCUGAUGCGUAUCGACGAGCGCGCGGCUUCCACUACUUGUUUCGCCUGCCGUGGUCUCGGCCAUUCGGCGCGUGACUGCCCCAACAUUUUGCUGGCUGCCACUGGCCAGAAUGGCAGCGCGGCCAUGCUCGAGGCAGACGACAUGGCUGCUCGUCAGGCCAAGGCGCUUGCUGAGGAUGGUGAGGCUGAGGCUGAGGCUGUCGAAGGCAAGGGCAAGAAGGGCAAGAAGAACAAGGGUGGCAAGGAGCCCGCCAAGGAUGUCACCGGCGCGAGCAUCACGGGCGGCAAGUGCUACAGGUGCAACUCAUCGGCUCACUCGCUCAAGCACUGCCCCAAGCGCGCAGACAAGUCUAACCCGACCCCGUACGCUACCUGCUUCGUCUGCCUUGGACAGGGCCACCUGUCCGCCGCAUGCCCCAAGAACCCUCGCGGCGUGUACGUCAAUGGUGGUUCGUGCAAGGUGUGCGGAUCCGUCGCUCACCGCGCCAACGACUGUCCCGACGACAAGCGUGGUCCCAAGCCUGCCUUUGCGGAGGGCGACGGGUUCGGCUACGACCCCACACGCCGUGGCCCCGCCGGUCGCCGUGAGAACAUUCUCGGUACGGGCCGUGGUGCUGGUGCAGACGAAGACGACUUUAUGGCUGCCUCCCGUGGUGCCACCGCCAACGAUGGUUUCGAGUUCCAAGGUAACCGUACCCGCCACGCUCCCGCCAAGAAUGGCCAGCGUGGCAUUGCCAAGCGUCCCGGAGAGGAGGGUGCGUUUGUGCCCACCGAAAAGCCGGCGCCGGCCGCGGCAAAGCCCAAGCCUAAGAAGAAGGUUGUCUCGUUCUAA